CAUCGAUCUUGCAACGCCAGGGUUGGUCGUUUGAAAGUGCGUUAACCCCAUAGCGCGCGUCCGGCCAGCUCGGAUAUUGGGCAACUGGAAAUUGAUAUCAAUUUACUUUGUGGUGUGCGACCCUCAAAGCUUGUCAGUGUUGUGCAGGCCUGGUCGGAUUGCGAGAAUCAGCUGCAUGAUCUUCGCACAGAAAUCUUUUUCAGCUUAAUUUUACCGAGUUUCCCUCUGCAUGGAAAUUCUCAGGUAAGCGCUCCAGUAACCAUCGCAGAUUUCUCUUUGUUAGAUACAAUUUUAAAUUAAAUUCCCUCUGGGUUAAUUGAAGAGCAGAACAUGUGUUUGAAUCCACAACGAAUCAAGAGACUUUUGAUCAGUGCUUACAACGUUUAGAUGCGGCAAUAUUUUUAUCUUCACGAAUACCGUCUGUGCAAUACGCUUCGCUCGCGCCUGAAGGGAAAUUUUGACCAAUUUUCGUUUGUGUUCAUGAAUGGAGGUAUUGAAAAAAAUUCCGCUCAAGGGAUACCCCAGCCUAUCUAUAUUUAGCUCAACGAACUCCCUACGUGCGCGAAGUGAUGUGAGCUUGCAAGUUGUCGGAAGUAGAGGUUUCCAUCCAUAAACAGAAGUCGAGAUCGAUUUGAGUCAUCCAAUUACGUCAAUAAACUCGAUUUCCCAAACUAAAGAUUGCCGGAAAAAUAUUCCAUUCGUUCAAUGAGCCUGAAUAAAUACGGGCGAAUAAAAACAGUGGAAAUUACUGUAACGUGAUGAAAUAUGGUAAACACUGAAAAAUUGGGUUUUGUUAUGGAUUCCGCGAAGGUAAAGGUCGAGAGCCAAUUUCUUAAAACACGGUUGGUAAAAAAGAAUUGACGGAAUGACACAAUCAAAAUUAUUUUUUUGUCAAUUUCCAUAAGUUGAUGGUCUUAUUCCGCCAAGAUUCUAUUACAGUUUAUCUUUUUCUUUUAAAUAAUCACAGAAGCCGGUCUGAGUAAACUUGAAAGCAUUUUCGAUCCCAGGAAAUGGCUCCUGAAAUAAGAUCAAAAGAAGCGAAGUUAAAACGACUCUCUGGGCAAUCUCUCCGUCGGAGGAAAAAACAAUGGCUUUUCACUGGAUUGAGAGCAGAGAGAAACCUAAACGGCUCCGUGCUGGUAUCAGACAGGGGUUCCAAGAUGUACCCAAACGGCUCAAAAUCUGAGGACCGCAAGUCAUUUCUAGAUCCAGAAGAGAAUGAAUUAGUGGAAGUCGAUCUUGACGAUCCCUGGGUGAGAAGGGAAGAUUAUAAACCCAAGAAGUGUACUCACGUUCAAGAUCUUCAGCGAUACUCACCUGAACGUGCUGAAGACUCCCUUUCAUCCGAUACAGUGCUCCUUACGGACGAUAAAGGAUCUUACCUUACAGAUGAUCCCCCAGUGGAGAUUAAAAGCUACAAAAGACGUUUUUAUAUCCUGCUGUUAUUCUCUGUGAUAAGUUUUAGCCAGUACUGCGCGUGGAACACGUAUGGGCCAAUCGCUACUACCGCUAAAAUGGUUUUCAAUUGGACGAACACAGAAAUUGCCUUCUUGGCUAGCAUGGAUCCUAUCACUUAUUUAUGUUCAAUGUUUUUUUUCUCCUGGUUGAUGGAUGAGAAAGUGAUACUUUAGAUUUGUACCUCAAUGGAAACACUUUAUAUUCAGAAUCUAUAUACCGAGAUGCUAUGUACUAUUGGCCUUUGGACAAUCUGAACAUCAGCAUUCAAAAUGUCCAAUCCAUCAGAAAAGAGAGGAAGGAAAAUAGCACCAAUUUACGAAAUCCCGAAGAGUAUGGGAGAGUUACAAUCAACAAAGGACUCAGGGAAUUUAAAACGAACAAGGAGGGACUUUUAUUCAAUGAAUGCACCACUGAACAAGGUGUCGUCAAUCAGAGUUUAAUGACUGACGGUAAAAGCGCUUGGGUAAAUCUUGGCCCUUUUAUAAACACUUGUGUGAGUGACCCGUCCCUGUGCCCGAAUGGUUUUACCGUUGCGCUGUGGAUGAAAUAUGAAAUCUUGGACGCUAACGGUCUGCAGUAUUUCAUGGGGACCAGCGGAAACAGAGAUGGUCUUAAAGGAUUUUUAAUUUAUCAAGAUUUUCCUUACGACAAGGAAGACCACUUGGCCAUUAAAGUAGAAAACGGCACGGUGCUAUGGAAACGAAGCUUCUCCGUGCCACGUAGCAAUUGGACGCACGUGACGUUCACGUGGGACGAGCGUGAAGGACUUGUGAUUUACUCGAAUGGUUCUUAUGUGGGUGGGGACCCAAAGGGGAAAACCACCCAACUCGAGAGGAGUUAUUUCACGAUGUUCACUCUCGGAAGACCAAAUAAUGUCUAUGCUUUUUCAAAAGCUGCGUAUGACGAGUUAGCAGUGUGGGAAAGAAAGCUUCAUCCCAGGGAAAUUGAAGCUAUUUAUCAACGAACUGCAGGCAUCGGGAUAACUCCUGAUUUAGAGGAAGCUAAACAGCGACUACUCAAGGACGGAAAAAAAGAAAUAAUGAUGUUACUAUAUGUUGAAUGUGGCGUUGUUCUUUUUCUUUUCCUGUUAGUCUGUAUGUACUUCCCAAACAAACCUCCUCUACCACCAAGUAAAUCAGCGAGAAGAAAACGAGAAGACUUCUUCGCCGGCGCCAAACAAAUAUUUAAGAACAAGCAGUUCUGGACUCUUGCGCUGGUUUACGGAGUCACAACUGGUGUUUACAGUGGUUGGGGUGCCUCCUUAGCAGUUAAUCUAGAGACCUUCUCCGUCGGACAGAACGAGGCGGGUUGGAUCGGUUUUUACGCCACAUUAGCUGGUAUCGGAGCAGGUUUAAUCCUGGCAAGGUGCGCAGAUCUGUUUGGCGGCAAAAUGAAACUCCUUCUGCUCGUUCUGUUCUUCGGAGCCGCUGGUUGUUUCUUAUGGUUCUCGCUUCUUUGUCUGAGGAUGAUAGCAUAUGAUGACGCUGCUCUAUACAAAUCCAGUAUUUUAGGAGGAUUUUUCGUCAGUGGUACUAUUCCUCUGUUCUACGAGCUAACGGUAGAGUCCACUUACCCAGUAGCGGAAGGAGUCACCACAGGAGCUUUGACUAUCAUUAAUAACACUUUUACUGUUAUCUUCCUGCUCGUCUUGAUGGUCCCUAAAGUCGGAACCGAAUGGAUGAACUGGUGCAUGUUUGGAGCAUGUGCGGGCUGUAUUCCAAUACUGCUGGGCUUCCAAGAAAACUACCGAAGGCUCAACUUGGACAAAGACAAAAACCCCUCAAAAGAACCCAAGAAAAAGAGAGAAGACAAGAACUUGAAGAGACCAUCAUCUUCUUUCGGUUCAAUUAUCUCAUUUAAACAUCAUAAUGUCGACGAACUAGUUAAGAAACUAGAAAAUACCAGAGAAUCCAACAUAUGAUUUGUAUUUAUAUCUUUAAAAUGUGAUUAUAUUUAUUGACAAAAUGAGGAGCCAGUGAUCCAACUUGUUCCAUUCUAAUUUGAAAUAGGUGAGUGAUUCAUUGCAGAGAUAUGACUUGCGUUUAAAGAUGCAAAUAGGGAAACUUAGACGCCUUUGCAUUAAUGACCCGCGUACAAGACAACAACAAAAACAACAACUACAGUUCAUAGCAAGCAGGUUGAAAUAUGGCAGAGUUCAUCCAUAAACGAUAACACGAGAUAGUCGUGAUAGAUAAAGCAAGCUUUUUUCUUUUUCAAACCCGAGCGAACACAAUACCAACCAAAAUGCAAAGUUAUUAGUAUGAUUGGGCAGGGUUACUCACGAGGCUUAGUCACGGGACGUUCGGUAAGGUGCAUAUACACGGAAUGAUAUCCUAAAAAGAAAAACUUAAGUCCUCUACAAUUUUUUUUCUUUUUUUUGUAAAUAACCAUAUAGGACUUCCGUCGCGCUUACUCCCAACUCUCCUUGCCGUACGCUAAACAGUUCUUAUGAUGUUAAUUGGAGAAUUUGGUAUUGGAUCAACUUAAACUUCCUAAUUGAUAUUUUGCUUUAUUCUUAGCACUUACCCGCUUAAUAUUGUAUUAAUAUUGUAAGGAGAAAUUCUGUCUUGGUCACUCAUGGGAGUUAAAGGGUUAAGAGAUUGUAAGUUUCUGGGAACCGGAUUUCAAUUUAAAUUGUGGGUGUCUA